AUGCUCAAAGACCACCUGCCGUUUCGCGAACCGCUUAACCGUGAGUCACUCGUCCCGCCGAAGAGGCGUGAAGGCCGAUCGACCGCGAGAGUCGUGGCUUCCUCCGAGAGAAGACGUCGACUGGCGGAGGAGGUGCCAGGACUUUACAUUCGGCGGCUGACUCUCGAGGAUCCUCGGAGCGCGAAGGAACGGUCGAGCGGUUCAAGGUCGCGCACGCCACCGCGCCAUAUCUGUCAUCCCGCCGGUCCUUACGUCUCCUCCUCCUUCUUCUCCGGCCGUGGAUCUUCCAGUUACAGAUCGUGGCAGGAACGAGUGCGAAAGGAACGACCGGCCUACUUGACGAUCGUUUCUCUGGAGCUUCCGGAAGCACCGGUACCGCUGAUCGAAUCGCAGGGGAGUGGCCGCAACGACUCGGACGCUAAUCGGUCCGACGACAAGGACGACAUCCUCGACGAACUUUUGGAGAAAGUAAGCGAGGUCGGCAAGGAGAGAGAAAGGGAAUCUCGCGGGAGAAAGCUCGAUACGUUUUUCGUAGAGGGAAGAAGUCGGAAGAGGCAGGUUGGCUCGUUGGAAUGCACGAAGGAAGUCGCCACCCUCGAGGAAUGUACGAGAAACAUUCUUCGGGCUCGCCAAAAAGGGGAGAACGAGAUGCCGUCGAGGAAAGGAGGCUUUCGAGAAGAGGAUUGCAUGUGUUCCGAAAUCCCGGAGAAGUUGCGCGUCGACGUAAGAAAGAAGACGGAAGUUACGAGCGCGUCGUCGAGGAGCCCGAGCCCGGAGGUGACCCAUACGAUAAGAAUCGCGAUGAAGUAUCACGGACGACCAGGACGACGCAACGAGGAGGAGAACAAGGAGGCUGGAAGAAGGGGUAGAAGAUCUCGGGGGGGAAACGCAAAGGAUAUUCGCGAGAGAACGACGACGAGUGGGCCGCUUGGAAAGGGGGAUGAGAUCGUUCGCGAGGAGGGUUGUUGCACCGGUGCGAACGUAGCUUUGGAUUUCACGUUGAAUUGCAACAGCGUGCGCCUGACGUCUCGUGACACAAGUCUCAAAGUUGGCGACGUCUCGCGAAACCCUUGCGAUUAGCGUUUCGAACCGCUUAGUCGGCGGUUCCGAUAGAUAGAUAGAUAAAAGAGUCGAUGGCGAAAAUACGUUUUUCCAAACGAAUUUCUCUCGAUCGUCCAAAAGACUCCGCCGCGACGAUCGCGUUUAUAAAUAGCAGAGAGGAGACGAAGCGUAAUCGAAUAGAAAAAGAGGAAGAAGAAA